GUGCGGAGGCCAGGCCGGCUGGCGGAAGGCGUGGGUCCCGCACUUGCAGCCGCUGCGGGCCGAGGGACCAUGGAAGCCGAGCCGGGCCCCGAGCGCCACGGCCGGGGUCGGGCGCCCGAGGACGGCGCGCGGGCCCUGGCGGAGUUCGCGGCGCUGCACGGCCCGGCGCUGCGGGCCUCGGGCGUGCCGGAGCGGUACUGGGGCCGCCUCCUGCACAAGUUGGAGCACGAGGUUUUUGACGCCGGGGAGAUGUUUGGGAUAAUGCAAGUGGAGGAGGUGGAAGAAGAUGCCAUUGAGGACGAGGCCGCGGGGGAGGCCCCGAGGAGGCGGCCCAACCCGGGCGGGGAGCUGUGCUACAAGGUCAUCGUGACCAACGAGAGCGGGCUGCGGGCCGCAGACCCCAACAGCGUCUUCCUCAUCGACCACGCCUGGACGUGCCGCGCGGAGCAUGCGCGCCAGCAGCUGCAGCAGGUGCCCGGGCUGCUGCACCGCAUGGCCAACCUGAUGGGCGUGGCGUUCCACGGCGAGCUCCCGGGCGAGGAGGCCGUGGCCCUGGUGCUGGAGGAGAUGUGGAAGUUCAACCAGACCUACCAGCUGGCCCACGGGACCGCAGAGGAGCGCGUGCCCGUGUGGUACGUCAUGGAUGAGUUUGGCGCCCGGAUCCAGCACGCGGACGAGCCCAGCUUCGCCACCGCGCCCUUCUUCUACGCACCCCAGCAAGUGGCCUACACCCUGCUGUGGCCCCUGCGGGACCUGGACACGGGCGAGGAGGUGACGCGGGACUUUGCCUACGGAGAGGCAGACCCUCUGAUCCGGAGAUGCAGGCUGCUGCCCUGGGCCCCCCUCGACUUGCGGGACCUCAGCUCCUCCACGCCCGAGCCUCCCGCCGAGUACUACCAGGCCAUUUUGGAGGAAAACAAGGAGAAACUGCCGCUCCCCACCAGUCCCGCGGCGUAUCCCCACGACCACAUCUUCAAGGUGCACACGGACGUGCAGCAGGUGCUCAGCCACCUCACCCACCCGCGCUUCGCCCUCACCCCGGACGAGGCCGACGCCGACAUCCUCUUCAACUUCUCUCACUUCAAGGACUACAGGAGGCUCAGCCAGGAGCGGCCGCGCGUGCUGGUGAGCCAGUUCCCCUGCGAGAACCUGCUGACCGUGAAGGACUGCCUGGCCUCGGUCGCACGCCGCGCGGGGGGGCCCGAGGGGCCCCCCUGGCUGCCCCGCACCUUCAACCUGCGCACAGAGCUACCCCAGUUCGUCAGCUAUUUCCAGCAGCGGGAGAGGCGGGGCGAGGACAACCACUGGAUCUGCAAGCCCUGGAACCUGGCCCGCAGCUUGGACACGCACAUCACCACCAGCCUCCACAGCAUCAUCCGGCACCGGGAGAGCACCCCCAAGGUUGUGUCCAAGUACAUCGAGAACCCCGUCCUGUUCCUGCGGGAGGACGUGGGCAGCGUCAAGUUCGACCUCCGCUACGUGGUGCUGCUGCGCUCCGUCUCGCCGCUCCGGGUGUUCGUGUACGACGUCUUCUGGCUGCGGUUCUCCAACCGGCCCUUCGCGCUCAGCGACCUGGACGACUAUGAGAAGCACUUCACGGUCAUGAACUACGACCCGGAUGUGGUCCUGAAGCAGGUGCAUCACGACGAGUUCAUUCCUCUGUUUGAGAAGCAGUACCCGGAGUUCGCCUGGAGCGGGGUCCAGGCCGAGAUCUUCCGGGCCUUCACCGAGCUCUUCCGGGCCGUGUGCGCCAAGCCGCCCCCCCUGGGCCUGUGUGACUACCCCUCGUCCCGGGCCCUGUACGCCGUCGACCUCAUGCUCAAGUGGGACAGCCGUCCCGAUGGGAAGCGCGUGAUGCAGCCGCAGAUCCUGGAGGUGAACUUCAACCCCGACUGCGAGCGGGCCUGCCGCUACCACCCCACCUUCUUCAACGACGUCUUCAGCACCCUGUUCCUCGACCAGCCCGAGGGCUGCCACGUCACCCGCCUCCUCUAGCCCCGCCCCUUCCCCCUGGUCACACCAAGCGCGCCACCCACCCCUGGGGGGGGGGCGUCUUCAGGGCUGGGCAUCGCAGCCGCCUCUGCAGACUCCGCCUCCGCCGGGAGCGUCAUUAUUUUUUUAAUAAUUUUAUCGUUGCCGUUAGAGGAGUCCGCGGGGCUUUAUUCCCGGCAUCUGAAGCGUGGUUGCGAGCCUGCCGUGUUCCCAGAGGGGCCAAGGGAACCCCCUCCCCUCGGUACAUUUGGGGACCCUGCGCCGCACGCCCAGCCAUGCUCCACCAGAAACUUUGGCAAGCAGGACUGGGGUGCUGAGGACCGGGUGCCGCUCCCAUCUUCCGGGGAGCCGGCUGCAGCCUCCCUCCUUGCGGGGGGGGGGGGGGGCCCUCACCAUCCCGGUCCCCGCGCCUCUGACAGGCCGGCUGUGUGGGCUGCGGGGCUGCGGGGCCCCGGGGCGAGCGCGUCCCCGGAGCUGCCUUCCAGCAUGGCGGCUGCCAGGCGCGGGGCUUUCCGAGGGCGGGAGAUGUAAAAUCUAGUUUUUGCUAGUUUCGUUUGUGCCGUUGUCUUUGUGUGGCCGCGGUGGGUCCCGCUCUGGCUCCGGGACCCCUGAUCUGCGCACACAGACCCCCAAAGCAAUCUCCCAGGCAGG